AUGAACAAGUUCAUCGGUUCCACCGUUUUCAACAGGCUUUUAACCCGGAACACAAGGAUGACUGCACCUGUUUGGAAGCCCCAGGAUCAUGUGCCGCAAGAGGUUAAGGACUUGCUCCAGAGUUCAGGAGACAAUCACGUUCUGGCAUUUUUACACAUUGUUCAACUUUUGAAGGUCCAAAGGAGGACAGGAUGGCUCGACCACAACAUUUCUCCAUGUGAAAGUAUUGCCGACCAUAUGUACAGAAUGGGGAUUACCGCAAUGCUCAUCAGAGACCCCAAGAUUAACCGCGACAAGUGCGUUCGUAUCGCGCUUGUGCACGAUAUUGCCGAGGCGUUGGUAGGUGACAUCACGCCGCUCGACCCAGUAGGGAAGGAAGAGAAGCACCGCAGAGAGUGGGAGACAAUUCAAUAUUUAUGUGAGGAUUUGGUAAAGCCUUACAACGCACAGGCCGCGCAGGAAAUCAUGGAUGAUUGGCUUGCGUAUGAAAAUAUCGCGUCACCCGAAGCUCGUUACGUCAAAGAUAUCGACAAGUUCGAGAUGCUAGUGCAGUGUUUUGAGUACGAAAAGCUUCACAAUGGUAAGCGUGACUUGGACCAGUUUUGGGGCGCCAUGAGCAGCAUUAAAACUGAAGAGGUCAAGGGGUGGGCUCAAGAUCUGUUGCAGAAACGCGAGCAGUUUUACAACUCGCUCAAGAAAUGA